AUUUCUAGUGUGGAGAGGAGCAGGCACAGGGGGGUAACGUGUGAGAGGAAACAAGCUCAGUUUCACUUGUAGAGGUUUAAAAACAUCACCUCCAUUGCUGGUGAUUGGAGAUUUUCAAUCCUGAAUCACUUCUUUUGCAUUGUUCCACCUUUUUUGUACCUUUAUUAGUUUGCACACCAACGGGGAGCACUGAAGGGUAGAGCUGGCUACGAUUUUUGAAAAAGACUUUUUGUCUGUUUCACGGACGUUGUUUGUCAGAUUUUUGUCUCAAGUCGGUGUCCUGACGUGAUUUUUAUAUCACUAGAAGCCAUGAGUUCCUCGGUAAAGAACACAGCAGGAGACGCGAAUGGCGCUAACUUUGACCUCAUCCAAAAUCGGAUCGAGACUCUCAGCAGCAAGAUGGACAAACUCAUCAACAUUCAAGAAAAGGUCCUCUACAGGCUAGAUGGAAUGUCUCAUGACAUCGACGACAUCGAAAAGGAUAUGGAGACUCUGAAGGUUGAUAAGGAGGAGAUCCAUCUUCCACCCAGGAUGAUGAACCAGACCCAGGUCGUGGGGCGGGAGGUGAGGGAGAUAUGCCGGGAGAUGAGCACCAUAAUGUCGGUGGUGAACCAGCGGUCCGAGCAGCAGGCUCAGAAGCUCGAGGGGAUGGAGAAACUGGUCCUCAGCAUGCAGCAAGUCAUCAGCUUCAUUGGGGAGACAGUGAAGAGUUCCCGGGUCAUUGAGCUGAUGUUCAAAGGCCAUGCGGCUCGGAAGGGCUCCAAACACAAAGACAGUAGAGGCAAGCAAGCUGUUAAGAGGAAAUCAUCUUCAGACACAAUAAGCAAGAAGCUGGACAAGAAAACUUCCUCUAAUAAAGCCAGUAAAGGGAAUCAUGGGAUAAUUCCUGCAUGUGAGCCCAGUUCUCCUCAGCCCUCUCACAAGAUAAAGCUCCACGGACCAAAGCAUUUCCUCGCCUCUCGCAAAUGUGGAAACUUUGUACGUUUUUUGUGCUUACAGUCUGUAUGUAUACAGGAACUUGUCCUUUUUUAUUUAUAUUACUUGAAGGACCACAAAGCUAAAGAUGGGACAGAUAAGCCCCCUUUGAGCCCCAAGGUUCUGAAAGCUCAGAAGAAGAUGAAGCCACCAGACACCACAGAAAAUGUCUCUCUGAAGAAGCAGGCGCUGCUUCUUGAGGAGGUGCAGAAACUCAACAGGGAGAAUGCAGAGAAAUCAGGUCAGCAGCUCACCCCCGGACAUCUGGAUCUUGAGGCUGGAGUGCCCCCUAAAGACCAACUGCCCGAUGCCUCUGCUUGCAACUUAGUGAACUACCUGCGCGAGGACUCCCAGAAAGAUGAGGUCGUUGAGGCGACUAGUGAGGAGAUGGUUGGGGAAAAGGUGCAGCAGGCGGAGGCAUCGGUUACAGAGAAAGAACCCGAGCUUGACGUGGAGGAUGUAGUGAAAGAAAAAGAAGAAGAAAAGCUCCCAGUCGCAGAGGAGAAGAAGGAAGAGGUUAUUUCUUCUGAAGAAGAGGCCAAAGCCUCAGAGUUACCUCUUGCACAAGAAGAUGAGGAAGAACCCACGACUACAAGCAGCGAUGACCACAAAGAUGCCUCCCCACCUCCAGAGACCAAGCAGGACCAGAUGUCAGAGGUCAGCAGCACAAGUACCAAGUCUUUUGUGAGCAAGGAACACUUUGUCGUGGAGAAACACAUGAGGCGCCAGGUAGUGGAGGUGGUGGAGGCGACGGAGGAGGAGGAGGAGGCGGAAAAGAAGAAAGUCAGUGAGGAGGAUGAGCAGCGGCUCGAGUCCGAAGGCUGGGCGGUCUUCAGGGCGGACGGAGUUGAAUUCCAGUUGAACCUCAAACAAAGAGUGGCGGCGGGGAGAAAGGACAAUGAUGCAGAGCCGGAUGCGGAAAAGGAGGACGAUGACGAUGCAGAGCGCUACUUCAUUGACACCUCUCCUCCUCCAGGCGCUCCUUUUAACCACCGCCUCGUUUCGGCCAAACCCAACCAGAUCAUCAACUUCUACACCAUCAACUGGCAGGAGGUCCUGGGCGGGGGUCGUUUUGGCCAGGUGCACAAAUGUGUCGAAAACUCUUCAGGUCUCACUUUGGCGGCGAAGGUCAUCAAAGCCAGGAGUCUGAAGGAAAAGGAGGUGGUGAAGAAUGAGAUCCAGGUCAUGAAUAAUCUGGACCAUGCCAACCUGAUCCAGCUCUAUGCAGCUUAUGAGUCAAGGAAUGACAUCAUCCUUGUACUUGAAUAUGUUGGUGGAGGGGAGCUGUUUGACAGGAUCAUUGAUGAAAACUACACGUUAAUGGAGCUGGACGCUGUGGUGUUCAUCAGGCAGAUCUGUGAGGGCCUGCAGCACAUGCACAAAAUGUACAUCCUGCACCUGGACUUAAAGCCGGAGAACAUUCUGUGCGUGAGCAGAGUCACAAAUAAGAUCAAAAUCAUCGAUUUUGGUCUGGCGAGGAUAUAUAAACCACGGGAGAAACUGCGUGUGAAUUUCGGCACUCCGGAGUUUCUCGCUCCUGAAGUCAUCAACUACGACUUUGUGUCGUUCAACACUGACAUGUGGAGCCUCGGCGUCAUCACCUACAUGCUUCUGAGCGGUCUCUGUCCCUUCCUCGGUGACGAUGACAACGAGACGCUGAACAACAUCUUGGCCUGCAAGUGGAGCUUUGACGAACCCGAGUUCGUAGACACGUCUGACGAAGCCAAAGACUUCAUCUCCAGAAUGCUCAUCACCAAUAAAGGUUGGAGGAUGGGGGCAUCUGAGGCCUUAAGACAUCCCUGGCUAUCAGACCCAGUCCUUCAUCAUCGCCUUAACAUGAAGAAAACUAUGUGCAGAUCACGGCGAUCAUCGUGUGUGCCCACGACUGAUAGUUGAGGGCUACAGUGAUGCGAUGGCUCCAGCUGUGGCCACUUGGACCAACCCUCCUGUCCAUUUUAAUUACCUAAUUUCGAGUCCACGCACCUGAUGCACGGGCUGAAAUUCUGGCUACCCCGCCAACCUUUUUCCUGACAUGUGAUCCGCUGUGUCGCGUUGAUGUGAGAAGUAAACAAAAAUGAUGUACGGACAAAAACAGUUUUGUUCACAACCCUGAUUCCCCCCCAAAAUUGGGAUGCUACCGUUCUUCUCACUUUGCACUUAUGUUGACAAAAAACAAGAACAUUUUUCAGUUUAAAUUCAGAUUCUGAUAAACACAGGUAAAAAAAAAUCUGAAAAUCUUUUCAUUUGGUUUUUGUGUACGUUUUACUCAGUGUCCAACUUUUUGGGGGUCAUGGUUGUGCUUGGGAUUUGAUUGUGGAAAAUCCCAUCAUGCUUUAGGCUGAAGCUUCAUGAUGAAAAUGUCUUUUUCUUGAAAUGAUGUACAAUUCGUAUCUGUAUUGUUCGAGAAAAAUAACAAGAACAUCUUACAACCUUAAUCAAUCCAGUGAAAUGUAACAAAAUUCUACAAUACAGUUACACUGUAAACAUUUUUUAAAGUUGACUUUAUUACCUCAGAUUUACCAAGUAAAGCAGACUGUUAAAUAUAAGUUGUACAAAGUAAUCAAAUUAUUAAUUAAGUGUACUUUACUUGGUAAUUUUGACAUAAAUGGUUUCCUUGAUUCUUCCUCUGUCAGAUUGUACGGUGUACUGUUGAAACUAGAGCUACAGCGAUUAGUCGAUUACUAAAUAUGUCAAUCAAAUGAAAAUUAGUCCCCAAAUAUUUUAAUUAUCAAUUCAUCUUUUCAGUCAUUUUUCAAGCAAUCAAUUGUUGGAGCGUGGUUCUUAAAUUUAAAGAAUUUGCCGCAUUUAUGAUAAUAAAUGAACAUUUUUGGGGGGUUUUGGCCUGUAAGUUUAGGAGCACAGUUUUUGGACUUUUUAUAGAUGGAAUGGUCAAUCCAUUAAUCUUGAAAGGAACUGGCAGAUUGAUUGACAGUGAAAAUAAUCAUUAGUUACAGCCCAAGCUGAGGAAAUGUCAACUCACCCGUUCUGGUGGAUUGUUGCUGUGUUUUAUCGGGUUGCAUUAUAUUGUAAGGUGUUUUAAUCCUCUUGUGUUUUCGGCAAUUCCAAACGGUGCUGAUCUCAUAAUUUUACCUAGUUUCGCCAGAUGUGUAUUAUCUGAUAAGAUCUCGAUUGUGUGUUGCACCUUUGCCUUGAAAGUCGCAUGUACUCUAUCUACUUCACUUUGAAAUAUCCGCACCGUGAGCCACCCUCAUAUAUCUCUAACCAAAAACACUGUGCUGUUACUGUUUGCUGCUGUUUUCGUUCUCAUUCUGUUGAUAGAAAUGAACUUUAGAAACAUACCUCAACUGCUUCGAUAAGAAAGGCUACGGCAUGACCUGUAUUAUGCGACCCUCCCCCGCUCAGUUACAAAUAUUAUCCAACAUCUUUCUGUGGGCUGUAAAUAAACGCUGAGCUGUAGAAUAAAAUUCAGUUUUUUCUCAUAUCGUACGGGGUAGAACUGCUGGAUGUUGAGUAUGAAUGGACAGAAGGAAACGUGUGGUUGGUGUCUUGAGCUGUAGUAUGUUGCACUUUAUAAUGUUAUUUAUUUAAACAUACGUAGAUUAUACAUGAAGCUAUCAUAGUUCCAGUGAAGAAGCUUGAUUGGACUGAUCUUUCUCAUCCUGCUUUUACGUUACAACGAACCGUUCACCAACACAGUUUAUGUCUUAUCAGCUUAGUAUAUUACUUUAAUUCUUUGUUGCAUGUCUCUAUGAGUUUGUAUUUUAUUAAAGCAGACAUUAACUUGAUACACGGAGAAAUAACUUUUUUUUUUAAACUUCUUUUUUUUUUUUUUUAACUCGUACUGUAUGCUUGACUCUAGCACCACGCUAGCUGCAUAUUCAUGCUACUGUAGAGGCUUUUUUCCACAAAACAGCGUUGCCUUUGAAAUGCCUUCUGUGAAGGUCCACUAACUGAAAGUAAUACACGACCUACCUACUGUUGCCUACGUUGAUAAAAUGUUGUUAGAGCUACGUUUAUGUGGUUUUAAUUUAACCUUAUGAUGAAUGUUACCUUAACUGUUGUUGAACACCGAGUGCUAGUAAAAGAAGUUGUCCUCACCGAGUGUAAACUGUUUCAAAUUGAGCAUGUAUUUGAGAAGUGUGUACACAUCCAUUAAACUGAACUUGUGUCUUAAA